AUGGCAGCGCUGGAGCCGGUGGCACUUGCUCGUGGAUUAUCCGUUACUCAUUCAGUACCAAAUGCGUCUGAAUCGCGUUCGAUAGCGCUAUUUUCAAGACCAGGAAAUCAACAUGGGAACGAAUUUGGCUUUGAUGCAAUUGCAGAUGACAGUGAUUUACUCGAG